UAGCAGACACAUUGCAGUCGCAAACGCUUGCACUCGCAACGACUUGCUCUCUGCAUCAGAACCAACAAAUCACAGACUCACGCAGUUCAAGAAUACGGAGCAGGAACGAAAAAGCAAAAACGAGGCAUUGAUUGAUGGCAAUAAGCGACAUCGGUGAGGACUCAACCGCAUGGUUAUAUGAAGGUUCUUCGUGUCUGUAGGUGAUGGUUUCCUACUUUGCGGGCAGGGUUUCCCAGGACCGUUUGCAAAAGUAAAAACAAAGAAGCUGUGGGGAGAGAAGCGAGGGGUGAGGAUGCUACCCAAAAUCCCUCCCUGAGGAACCUGAGAGGAUGUAGAGGGAAAGAGACCCCUGGAGAGGGCAGCAGUUCUCUUGGAUGGACAUAAGCAGGAAUUUGGAAAUAAAAAAGUUCACUCAGAGAUGAAAUGGAUUGGAAGCCACUUGCUGCUGGAAGCACCUUUACAAAUAAAAGAAGAUUUGAAUAAAAAAAAGCUUUCACUGGAUUCUGACUUUUAAAAUGCUGUGAAACAAAGGAGAAUUUUGGAUGAAUUUCCUAAUGAAAAUCAAGGUGGGAAAAAACAAUCCAGACAUACCCAAUUCCGAUUAACUGAGGUUCACUAAGGAUUAUGGAAACGGGGCAGUGACUCAUGGUGAAGAAAGGAACGACAAGGCAGUGAGGAUGUGACUGUCAGUAAGUCUUCCAUUUGACCACAGAUCAAAUUCACAUCAUCAUGAUUUUCAGCAAUUAACUAUGAGGAACAAAUCGACCCUCAGCACACCUGAAUAUUUCCACAGUGUUUCACUCUAGAUUUUAAUCUGAAGCAAUGAUGGGACUAGCUGGGCAGAUUGUCUAUAAAGGAACUGAAAGGAUUGGAAACCAUUUUAAAUCUUGAUGAAACAGACACAAACAGGUCUGUGGACAACCUGGUUACCAUGCAACACACAGAACCGGGGAGUCCAUCCAGAGGAACCAAUCUGUUGCAAGAACAGGAGAGCUCGAAAUGGAUCCAAUCAAGGAGAUAUCUUGCUUCAUCUAUCCCUGUCAGCACAAUACGUGUCCGCCCCUGUCCCAUGCCACAAAUAACAAUGUUCUGGCUGGGUCUUCUAGGCUUCAUACUGCUGCGGAGCGGACAAGGUGUGUCGGCAGGGGAGACAUGGGGCAUGGUGUCCAUCUGCCCCAUCCAUUGCGUGUGUCGGAACUUAUCAGAGUCUCUGAGCACACUGUGUGUUAAUAAAGGCCUGCUUUUCGUGCCACCAAACAUUGAUCGCCGCACUGUGGAGCUGCGUCUUGCUGACAACUACAUCCUGGAAGUGGGAGGUGCAGACUUUGCCAAUAUGACAGGACUAGUUGACCUAACAUUGUCACGCAACACCAUACAUGCUCUAAAACCACUGGCCUUUGCUGAUCUGGAGAGUCUGCGUUCACUUCACCUGGACACCAACCGUCUCACAGUAGUGGGACCUCAGGACCUGACAGGUCUUAUUAACCUUCAGCAUCUCAUCAUCAACAACAAUCAGCUCACAGAUGUUUCGGCGGAUGCUUUUGAUGACUUCCUACUAACUCUGGAGGAUCUGGACCUUUCCUACAACAACCUUCGUAGAGUUCCUUGGGAUUCUAUUCAGAAUAUGGCUAGCCUGCACACCUUAAAUCUAGAUCACAAUCUAAUAGACCAGGUUGCUGAGGGUUCUUUCAGUGAGCUCUACAAACUGUCCCGACUGGAUAUGACCUCAAACAGACUGCAGACUCUUCCCCCUGAUCCACUGUUUUCCAGAUCCCAAAUUGGGGUUGUCAGUCCAACACCGUACAAUUCCAUCAUCAGCCUUAACUUUGGAGGGAAUCCCCUGCACUGCAACUGUGAGCUGUUGUGGCUACGACGACUGAUUCGGGAAGACGACAUGGAGACAUGUGCCACACCUGCUCAUCUGGCGGGUCGAUAUUUCUGGUCCAUCCCAGAGGAAGAGUUUACGUGUGAGCCUCCACUGAUCACUCGUAAUACCAACAAGCUGUGGGUGUUGGAGGGCCAACGAGCCACACUUAAAUGUAGAGCCAUUGGUGACCCUGAGCCAGUCAUUCAUUGGGUGUCACCAGAUGACCGUAUUGUGGCCAACUCCAGUCGCAUUAACUCACACUACAAUGGCACACUGGACUUUUUGGUGACCCGUGCCAGAGAUGAUGGCACCUAUACAUGCAUUGCCAUCAAUGCUGCAGGGGAAUCCACAGCUCUGGUAGACUUGAAGAUCAUCCCUCUUCCUCAUAGAGGGAAUGGUACAAUAACUCUUAUCAACCACAGAGACCCUGGAUCCUCCGAUAUUAGUAGUGGCCGUGGAGGGGUUGAAGGAGCAGGGACUGGUGUGGUGACCAUACGGAAUGUCACGGGAAGCAAGGCAGAUACUGGAGAAAGAGGAAGUGGAAGCAGUAAUGGAGGAGCAAAAACCUUGGUAGGAGUUCUAGGUGUGACAUCCAAUUCAGCUCAGAUUCGCUGGAAAAUGGGUCGAUCUUCAACGCCUUUCUUGGUGUGGAUGUAUCAGAUCCAGUACAACAGCACAGCUGACGACGCACUGGUUUACAGAAUUCUGCCUUCAACCAGUAAUAGUUUCCUGCUGAAAAACUUGGUGUCAGGAGCAGACUAUAGCCUGUGCGUCUUGGCCAUAUUCGAUGAUGGCAUCUCCUCCUUGGCUACUACAAAGGUGCUGGGCUGCGUCCAGUUCAGCACUAAAGAGGAUUAUCCAGAAUGUCGUUCUCUGCACGCUCACUUCCUGGGCGGCACGUUGACAGUGAUGGUGGGUGGUGUGGUGGUGGUAACCCUUCUGGUCUUCACUGUGGCCAUGAUGGUGCGCCAUCGCGUCUGUGGAGAGUGUCGGGACGAUGCCAAUAGGCCGGGCAAGUUCUUUCCAGCCAAAGGGGUGGAUGUUUACGCCCAAACGAACGGAAACAACAGUAUGAUGAUGGUGGCCUUGCCAAAUGGACUCUUGGCCCAAAGAACAAAAGACAAACACAAGCCCAGCUCUCUCCUAAAGCCUAAACAGAGUCCGGAGCCACACCAUGGCACACGCGAUAGGGGUGACAGGGCAGUGAGGGAAAAAUGUUUUAGUCCUCUUACACCAGAAAGUGAGAGAUUGACACUCUAUUACUCCCCAAGUAACACACUGCCCACGCCGACACAAAAUCGAGCAGGUAGGUUCAAGUUACGGAAGUCUCUGGAGAAAGACAAAGACAUGGACAGACACGUCUUGGACUCGCUUGCACCAACAGAAGAUGGAGAUGACGGAAGGGAAGGAAGCUCAGACUUGAGACAAGCGCUCAAAACCAAGCGUAGCUGCUCUUUUGACGUGGGUGAAAUCACCACCACCACGUGUUACAGCUACGCCAAGCAACUGAGCGUUAUCUGGUCCCGACGUAGCCAGUCCCUAAAUGGUAUGCUUGUCCACUGUGCCUCCACCACCAGCACGUCCAGCAUGGGUAGCAGUGAGCAGUACAGCCACGGCCUAACGCAGAACUAUCUACAUGCCUUUGCUUCCAACAACUCCUCCAACUCCAACUCCAAUUCUACUUCAAACUCAAACAGUAGCAUGACCGUCAAUCCAAGAAACCUAGAGGAAAGCGUGGUGUAGAUAGUGAAAGAAAGACUCCACAGUCAGAGGGGGAAGUGACAUCUAGGAAAGGCCAAUACUAACAAAUGAGGUAACGAAAGUACUAUAAAAAUAAUAUGAGGAUUGAUGAGAAGUAAUGCUCCCGACACAAAGGAUUGGCUAUUAUUUGAUGACCGCCAUUAUUUCGAGCCACAACAAGGCUCAAAAUCAAAUUAUGUGAAGAUAAAGAAUGACAAGUAAGAUUUGAGUAAAUAAUAAUUCAAGGACAGGCUUGUUUUUUUACGACAGGCCCAAGGCAUGGGGGAUUACAACCUAAAGCGUCCGUUUCAACAAGAUUAAUUAACCAAUUAAUAAAUUAUUGAAUAAAUCAGUCGCUACUUUAUGCAGAAGAAACACUAGUCGAAUGUUAAUGAGGCGCUGAAAGGGGUAAAUAUCACAAAAAAGAAAAGAGAAGAAAAGAAAAGGAAAAAAAAACAUUUGAACCCAAAGAGGGAAUGCAUUAUUUGUUGAAAUUCACUGCUGCGAAGAAGCACAACAUGACUGGGCCCUCUAAUGAGGGAAGGUAUAUAAAUAUGCUGUAAUUUUUUUUAAAUUUUUUUUGGUGGAUAUGUUUUUCAAUGAAUUGAAAAGAUGGAGGAGGGACUCACAGAACACUUCAACACACUGGUGCUUAAAAUGGGGGAACCAUUUGUUAAAAUGUCAUUCAACAGUGGUCUGAAUAGUCAUAAUUGUUCUUGUCUGAUCACCCUUUUUCCAGAGUCAUAAAAAGAAUAAAAAGCUGUUCUGUAAAAAUGAUAUCGUGUAUUGUGGAAUAAAGCUGUAAUGAAGCUCUAAUUGAGAUCAAUCUGAUAUGAUAGCUCCAUGCUUAAGAGAAGCUGGAAUAAAAAGCCAUAUGGCACAUAAUGCUUUGAACCAAAAAACAAGGCAUCAUGGCAUACAGACCCCAAAAAUACCAGAUUCAAAUGUCAGAUAGUAUAAUCUGUAUAAUGUCUCUAAUGUACUAAUUCUAGCUCAGCUAACUUAACUGGAGAUUUAAUUGAAGAUAAUAAGCAACAACAAGAAGAAGGUCUGUUAAUCUCCAAGACCACAAAAUAAGUAAUGCGUUAUAUGGGCUAAGGCUUCAAGAUGAAGCUUGUUAUUUCCAGUUAUGUUUCUUCAUCAAGACCGCUUUAUAUAACAGCUGACAGAAGAGGAGGAGAAAAACAGCACAGAGAUGAAAGGAAAAAGGCAGGGGUGAAGGUGUGGACCAGAAAAAGAGGACAUGUGCGCAGUUGGAGGAGGUUUCCUGUCUGCCUUGUCUGUGUAUAAUGCUGAGUGCUUUGUUACAAUGUAUAUCGCAAAUGGUCUUUGAAGCUCAGGUUGUAGCCAAGACAUUAUAUGGAGAAAUAAAUAACAU